AUGUCUACUGAGUUACCCGCCGAGAUAUCUGCUAAAGAUAUUGGCCCAGAUGGAGAUAAUAUUGGCCAGCUCAAUGGACAAGAUAGCAACUUCAGCUUGGAUUCUUGCAAACAUCAGAGAGCGCGUCUUGGCCUCGGUCCUCAUAAAGGCCUUCAUACCCGGGUUAAAAUCGACAUGGGGCUAUGCGUCAAGCCAACUAUCACUGUGCAAUUUAGUGUCCUUGAUAAACCCUAUAUCGCGGACGUCAACAACAUCGACGAAGCACCUUUGCUACCCCUCAUGACUCACGAGCAAAUGAACCUCGAGGGGCUUGAGCGUAUUCGCACACUGCGAGUCGAUAUUGCAGCUAAAGACCUUAUCGUCUCCAAGAUGGAGUCAUUGCGACGAGAACGAGAUACUCGCCCGGAAGCUCUGUGUAACAUUGCAGAUGCCCUCUUACAGCGUCUGGACUUUAAGCCUUUGUCUAAGCUGUCCAUCCGAUUCUGGCAGGCUUUGCAAAACAUCGGUGCAUAUGUCCAGCCUUAUGCGGCGAUGCUUGUCAAAACACGCAAGAACAGCUAUGCCGAUUUAUCCUAUGGGAACUUUGUUAUGGAGAAUUUGCAACAUCCCGAAAAACCAGUUUCCUCUAGCAAAUCUUCGUGGAUGCCGAACAUCAGACAGAUUCAGUUUUGGGAGGCAGUGGAGGAGAUCGCAAUGCAAGACGAGCUUGCUGCAAAGCUAUGGGAUACGUCGACAUCCCCUAAACCAUCUAUGCUAAAGUCGCAUAUGCUGCUCGGCCAAUUUCCAAUCCUCCUCAAGAGUCUUCGCCAUGGAGAGACGAAGGGCAUUAUGGCAGAACGGCGUACCCAAGAACAACAUCUCGACAAGGCUGUUCUAGAUGGCAAGGAGGAUAAGGAAGAGAGCCUCCGAAAGAAGCUGGGUAACAUCAAGGACAACGUCAACUUGAAAUUUGCAGCAUCAGUUAUCUUCUCGUUGAUUUCAGAAGCGAGUGCUGAAGCAGUCGCGGAGUACCCCAAGAAGCCGCAGAAUGUACAACUUGCUGCCACUGCCCAGCAACUUGCCAUCACCUUGCGCCAACAAGAUGGCGAGUCAGACAUUGAAUGGGGAGACCGUAUCCGCGAGUGGGUUCGUAAGAACGGUCGUGGAUGGAAGAAUGCCACAGGGUAUGGCGAAUCGUUUCGCACGAUUCGACGCCAGCUCCUACCCGGUUCUUCUGCCAAUGUGGCUCUUUGCGAGAUCAAGAUUCCCUGUGUCACCAUCAAAGGUGCCGCCAAUGAGUUUCUAGCCAACAUCUGCCAGCCUGAAAAGGACAAAUCAGCCAAGACAGCCUAUGUUUAG